GGGCGUGGCCAUUUAUAAAAAUGGAAUGGAGUAAUGGCGGUUUAAACAAAGACGGGGUCUCACUUUCAGCUGGUAAAAAGAGACCGAGAGAGUCCCAUACAGUUGAGCAAAGUGGAGUGGAUGAUAAGAAAGGUUGCGGGGAGCCUUUCUCUUGGUGGACGAGCCUAAUGCUAGGAAUCAGUGAGGGGCAAUCCCGUGUAGUAAACCGACGAGCAAACACCUAAAACAUUAUCAUUAAUUGCAUCAAAUUUAUAUUUAAUAAUAUCAUUAUUAUAUACUUCCUUCCUCCCUAUCUCUGAUAAUACAAAUUAGUUGUACGGUAUAUUUUUUGCUAUUUUUAUUUGGGCUUUUAUUUUUGUAAUUUUUAAGUUUUAGUUUCUUAUUUAUUUUGUUCGGUAUUUUGUCUGUAUAAUUAUGGCCACAGCUGCUUACGAUGAUGGAGGGAAUGAUGAGUGGUUGCCUGAGAAACCACAGAAACCAUUACCAUCAGACUGCUGUGGAACAGGUUGUUCUCCAUGUGUGAAUGAUAUAUAUGAGAGAGAAAUGGAGAAGUGGUUUGAGCUACAAAGAAUGAGUAUAGAAGAGAGGCAGAGGAUAUGGAGAGGAAAGCAAGAAGCUCAAAGUGAGACGGAGAAAGCUUUGUCACCAGAAAAAUACAACAAGUUUGAGUUGAUUUCUUUCAUUCAAGUUUCCAGAGACUCAUUCCUAUGCUCUUUCAAACUACCCCAGAACCAAACACUGGGAAUCAAAGUUGGACAGCACGCAACAAUGAGAUUAAAAGAUCAUGAAGGAAAGUAUAUAGCAAGACAGUACACUCCCAUUAGUCCUCUAAAUCAGAAAGAUCAUUUUGAAGUACUUAUUAAAGUAAACAGGAACAUCACUAACAAACUAACUACAUUUGUACUAUUCAAUAGCUAUAUAGUGACGGUCUACUAUCAACCAUUAUUGGGGCCACAUUUAAACCCGGUUGCUUGGUAGAAUGGAAAGGACCUUUCGGCGAGUUUCAA